ACAUUUUCAUAACUGUAAUGCAGAUGGCUUACUGGCAUCCUUUACUCCCUACAGCGCUGCACAAAGAUGAGGCUCUGCCGAAGAAGGAGGAUGAAGAUAAGACCACGCUGGAAAAGGAGAGGGACGAGGCGAUGGAGAAGCUUAACGAGUUUCAGCUGGUGUCUCAGAUGGUCAUAGAAGAAGUCAGUGCGAUUCAGGAGGACCUGGAGAUAGAGAGGCUAUGUCGAGAAAGUGCUGAAGCUCUGGCCUCAAAGUUAAAGCGUGAGAACCGUUCACUAAAGAGGAAGAGCAUGAUGAUGUUAUCAUACCUCAGCCCAGAAACCAUCAUAGACAUCAACCUGGAUGAAGAAGAGCGAGCCGCAGACGACGAUGAGGAGGAACAAGAACCAUUGGGAUCUUCGAACGCACUCUGCAUCUCCGCCUGCUGCUCCACCGCAAUAUCAGGGCUACAGGAUAAGUUGGAAGCGACUCUAAAGGAGAAAAACCAACUUAUUUCUGAUCUCGACUUAACAAGACAACAACUAAAGAAUAACUGUGAUGAACUGAUGAAAGUGAAACAAAGCAACACGAUUUUAACUGCUGAGUUUCUGCAACAGAAGAGGCUCCUGGAGAAGUACAACCGAGUUUCUCAGUUUGCUGUGGAGGAAUAUGAAGCCUUGCAACAAACCUUGGAUUUGGAGCAAAACCUGAGGACUGAAGCAGAGAGCUUUGCCCGAGAAAUGCUGGUUGAACAGAAAAAACUGAAGAGACAGAGUCAGCUCCUGCUGCAGAGCUCCACGCCCAGCCAAGCUCUGCAAGAUGCCCUCAGUCAGGUGGCUGUUCUGAAAGCAGAGAUGGAGAGACAAAGACUGGAGCAUCACAACCAGCUCAAGCAGAUGGAAGAAAAACUAAACAACUGUGAGACUCAGAAGGAAAUAACUGCAUUGAGACAGAAACUGGUUCUCCUGGAGGAGGAGAAAAAGGAGAGCAGCACCCGCUGCUUCAAGGCUGAACAAGAACUCAAGGAUCUCAAAAUUACAGUGGAGACACUCCAGAAGAAGCUGCAAGCCGUGACUAACCCUCCUCUAGCACCGCCACCUCCACCUCCACCCUUACCUCCAUCAGCCCCAGAGGCGCCUUCUAACCCCCUCAGCUCAUUGCUGGCAUUGAUUCGAAAGAGAAGAAACAUCAGUAAUGACGUUCCGCUGGUGGAGCAGCACUCAGUAAAGACUUCAGAAGACAUCCGGCACCAGGCUGUAGAGGAGAUGAUGCAGAGAAUAAAGAGAGGAAUUCAACUUCGACCAGUCAACCAGUCCCCAAACAGGAAUGAACCAAAGAUGGAGAGGCUGCCCUCUAAUUCUGCCAUUCAAGAACUUAAAGGAAUCAUGGAGAACUUCAACAAAGCUCGGCCUCCACCGAAAGCUGUGCCGCCUUCUGUGAACCCAGAUGAGGAGCUGCAGAGGAUUCUGCUGAGAAGGAGGGAUGCCCUGAAUUCCUGACACAGUCAAACACAGCUCCAUCGCCCAUUAUAGAACCAUUAAAAAUCAUCAGUUUUAAGUUUACUUUGAAAUGUAUUUUUCUUUUCUCAUGAAAACUUUCAUCUAUCACAGGAUGUUGAUUACUUUCCACCAAUGAAUUGAUCAGCUGUAAUGUUUUUUAUUGAUGUAAACAUUAAACAACUAACCAUUUAGACUGGUUUAGAUAUUAGUUGUUUAAUGUUUGUUUAUUUUUUUGUGUUUUAAUAUCUUAAACCAGUUGACUAUAUGUCUGGAUACAGGUGUCAUGAACUGAGGACAGAGGGACCCAGUAUUCAAGGAGAGACAGUCAGUAGGAAAGUUCAAAACGUUUAUUAAGUAAACAAACAAAACAAAAGCGGAGCUGUGGCUCGCGGACACUGCAGGAAGGGGAG